AUGUUCUUCUUAACCUCAUCUAUACCAGUAAUACAUAAGCCCCAUGACCGACCUUAUCAUGGGGAGGAGUGUGUAGAGCAUGCAGAUGAUAACAAAGCUGGAGACAAAGAUUCUAGCUCGCUUCUGCACUGCAUACUGGCUGGUGGGUUUGGAGGCGCCAUUGGGGACUCUGUAAUGCAUUCUUUAGAUACGGUGAAAACGAGGCAGCAAGGUGCUCCAAAUGCGAAGAAAUAUCAGAAUAUGAUCUCAGCUUACCGUACGAUAUUUGUAGAGGAAGGGCUGGCAAGGGGCCUCUAUGGGGGGUACACAGCAGCUAUGUUAGGGUCCUUUCCUAGUGCUGCUAUUUUCUUUGGUACUUACGAAUCUACGAAAAGAAAAAUGAUAGGAGACUGGGCCGUGAAUGAUACUAUUUCUCAUCUAACUGCAGGAUUCUUGGGUGAUCUGGUUUCCAGCAUUGUCUAUGUCCCGAGUGAAGUUCUCAAGACGAGGUUACAGCUUCAAGGUAAAUAUAAUAAUCCACAUUUCCAAUCAGGGUAUAAUUAUAAGCAUUUGCGCGACGCAAUUGCCACAAUAGUGCGGACAGAAGGUUGGAGAACGCUUUUCUUUGGAUAUAAGGCAACUCUCUCGAGAGAUUUGCCCUUUAGUGCAUUACAAUUUGCAUUUUACGAAAAGUUUCGAGAAUUAGCUUUCAAGAUCGAGAAUAAGACUCCAGAAGACGAUCUAUCUGUGUUCAGCGAAUUAUUCACUGGAGCCGCUGCAGGAGGACUCGCUGGAAUUAUCACAACACCGCUGGAUGUGAUAAAAACUCGUAUUCAGACUCAACUUCCAAUAUCUGUAACUGCAGAAACACUAACUGAAAGUAAACCUGUCACAAUCGAAAAUUCUUUGAUCAAAGGACUUUCUGCGGUUCAGAAAUCGGAAGGAUUGAGGGGGUUUUUUAGUGGUGUGGGACCCCGAUUCAUCUGGACAAGUAUUCAAAGUAGUAUCAUGUUACUGCUGUACCAGGUAACCCUUAAAUCAUUAGAUAAAUUGACAGAUACCGGCUCUCCCUUAGGCGUAUGA